AUGUCAGAUUCCCACGCUCGACGACUUUACUUGAACGGUGCCUCGGCAGAAGAGAACUCCAAGACGCUGAUGGCUCCAGAGACGACCUUCCGAAUCGUGUACUGGGACAUUUCAUGUAUUGCUGCGACUGCUCGCGAUAUGCUUGCCUAUGGGAACGCUACUUGGACUGAUGAGAACCACAUUCAGACGAAUGAUUGGUAUGGGAAGAUCGCGACUCCUUACAAGGUCCUGCCGCUCCUGAACGUCAUUGCGCCCGAUGGCAAGGAACUGGUGCUCUCAGAAUCAAUCGUGAUUGACCAAUACCUCGCCAAGAAAUUCAACCUCCUCGGCAACAACGACUACGAAGAGUGGACGAUCAAAGCUCACUACAGCAACAUCCACUACCUUCGAGAGAGAUCCCUCAUGACGAUGACCUGGACUUGGGCUGAUAAGCGCGCCGAGGCAUUGGAAUUAUUUUUGGAAAAGACGUUGCCGAAUUUUAUUGUGAACCACGAGUUCCAUUUGAGAGGGAAUGGGUCUAAUGGCCAUUACGUUGGUGACAGGCUCUCGCUCGCAGAUAUCCAUCUGGUGAACGUUAUGGACCACUUCUCACAACUGCCCAACGGCGAGAGGUUCACGGCUCAGCUUGAAAAGUCCGAGUUGUUGACCAAGGUCCGUCAGAAUGUUGAAUCCAACCCGCAGAUUGCGGCUUGGAGGAAGAGUGAGGAGUGGGAGAGGUUCAGGAAGGGCUCGAUCAUGUUGACAACAACGAUUAAUAGACGAUCCUUCAACAACAACGUCUCCUCAGAAGAAAACGCAAGAAUCCUGACAGACCCAAACCCCACCUACCGUCUCAUGUACUUUGAUUGUGCCUCCGUCGCGGCCACUGCUCGCGACAUCCUUGCCUUUGGAAAAGCCAACUGGACCAACCAAUGCCCAACGGAUGCGGAGUGGGACGAUAAUAAAUUUCCCACGCCAUACAGACUCAUGCCGUUGUUAAAUGUCAUUGCAUCCGACGGCAAGGAGGCAUUCCUAGCAGAGUCAAUCGUGAUCGACCACUACCUCGCCAAAAAAUUCAAUCUCCUCGGGAACAACGAAUGGGAAGAACAAACCAUCAAGGCGCAUUACAAUAACAUCCAUUACCUUCGAGAGCGAUCGUUCAUGUGUGUUACUUGGACGUAUGCAGACAAGAGAAAGGUGGCGCUGGAGAAGUUUAUGAAGUCGACGCUGCCUGCGUUUAUUGCGGACCAUGAGUUUCAUUUGAAGGAAAAUGGAUCUAACGGGCAUUACAUUGGGAACAAGCUCUCGCUGGCAGACAUCCACUUGGUGAAUGUAAUGGACCACUUCUCCCAUCUCCCGACCGGAAACAUGAUCGCAGCCGAAUUCGCGAAAAGUGAACUCCUCUCCAAGGUCCGCGAGAAUGUCGAAGCCAACACGGAGAUUGCAGCUUGGAGAUCAACGGAUGAGUGGAAGCAAUUGGCAUAUCAGUCUGUUGUUGGAUACUCCAUCACCGCCGUUCCUGAAGAAGAGGGCGAAGCAUGA